AAGGCGCCCGGCGCGAUGAAGCGGGACGCGCAGAGCACCCAGGAGCACCUGGGCCGGCCCGAGGGGCCGGAGCCGCCCGCGGCUUCUUCGUCCUCGGAGCCGGCCGCUGAGCUCAAGCCGCGGCUGUGGAUCUUCGGGUACGGCUCGCUGGUGUGGAGGCCGGGCUUCGAGUUCACGUCGCGGAAGGUGGGCUUCAUCCGCGGCUACAGCCGGCGCUUCUGGCAGGGGGACACCUUCCAUCGCGGCAGCGAGCGGGCGCCCGGCCGGGUGGUGACGCUGCUGGAGGACCGCGGGGCGUGCACGUGGGGCGUCGCCUACGAGGUGUGCGGGGAGCAGCAGGUCGCCGCCUCGCUGCAGUACCUGAACGUGCGCGAAGCCGUGCUGGGCGGCUACGACACCAAGCUGGUCAGCUUCCACCCGCAGGACAAGGAGGCGGGGGAGCCCAUCCAGGCCCUCGUCUACAUCGCCACGCCGCAGAACCCCUCCUACCUCGGCCCGGCGUCCGAAGAAGACAUCGCGGCACAGAUCAUCGUCUCGAGCGGCUGUGCGGGCCACAACGUGGAGUACCUCCUGCGGCUGGCGGACUUCAUGCGCUACUUCUGCCCACAGGUGGAGGACAAGCACCUCUUCUCCAUCGAAGAGGCCCUCAUUGCCCUCCUGCCCUGCCUGUGCCACUCGGAGAAAGCCCUGGAGGAAGCGCCUGGCGUCCCGCAGAAGGUCGAAAGGGAGAACUUCUUGCAGGGCUCCAGUAGGAGGGACGAAACAAUCGGGACGGCCUGAGCUCUAACAGAACUACACAGGGCCGAGUGGAUGAAAGGAAACAGGGAGGGAGGGAGGGAGGAGGCAAAGGGGCUGCACGGUUCCUGUUACACUCUUAACUGUAGCACCUGCAGCCAUCACCACUUUCCAGGUGGGAAGUGUUGAUCUGACUAGAGCUGUGCCCUAAGGCUUGAUCUUUUGGGGUGAGACCUGGAGUGCGUGCUUCCUCAGGAGGGGAAAGAGGCUCCUCUGUGCACUUAUUUUAUUUUUUUUUCUUAAACCUCAAAGACUGGUUGAGCAGGACUUGACUGGGUUUUAGCAGUAUAUUUGUGUUCUACCUCAGGCUGGCCAAAGCUGUUGCAUGGUGGUUGAGCUUGGCUAGGUUCUGCCAAAUGAUCUUUUUUUUUCCCUCCCAUGUCCCACCUCCAGUGCAAUACAAAGUGAAUGUGCCUCUGUGGGUCCUACUUCCUGGUGUUGCAAGGGAUCACACGAAUGCACUUGCUUUUCUAAACUGUUCUGUUGUAUUUAUUAUGCGUUGUGUGUCUCCUUAGGAGAGGUGUCAGGCUGCUUAUGUGCCACUGUGGGAUGCAGCCCAGGCUCACCUUUGCAUUGGUGCCUUCUUGCUUUAGCUCAGUUUCCUGAGGCACUGAGACUGUGUCAGUGGCAGCAGCUUUGCUCUAGACUUGUGACCUUGUGCUGCUGCAGGCUCAACUGAUGCUGUAAGGUCCUGUGUAGAAGUUGUGGGAUAGCUGUCUGAUGCAGCAGCACUUUAACCAGCCCUGUACUGAAUUGCCCUCUGGUGCUUUAGGGUAACGUGGACUUUCAGAGAAGAACCUGAGGGUUCCAGUAUCAUACCCAGAACUGUGCUUGGUAGAUUUGUACUUAUCUGUAAAGGACCAUCACUGAACAUAAUGCAAUCCUGGAUCCUGCUUUGUCAGGAGAAGUGGAGGUACUGCUGCAAGCUCAGGCUUCUCAGCUUCACAUAUUAACAGCAUGAAAACCUAUAGUAUUUGGAAAGGAAACUGCUGCUACUGCAAUUAGCAAAAGAACUCCUGAGAGCUGACCUCUAGGACACUUGACUCCUCCCAAACACUGUUUUUUGUUUUUUUUUUUUUAAAAAUAAAGAUAAAAAAUAGGGGAUGUUUCCAUUACUGUGGCUUGUAUGUAUAUGAACUGGUACUGUGCUGUGCCCAGUAAUAAAACAAGCUGACAAAGUCA